AUGGUCGAUCUCGGCGGCUCCCUAGCAGUAGCCUCACGCGGUCUCUUCGCAACCGGUGUUUCCACUGACUUGAACGUGACUUACCUCUCUUCAGGCGGCAAGAUUGGGGAUUUGAUAAAAGCCGAAGUGACGUGUGAUAAAUUCGGCAAAACUUUAGCUUUCACAUCCAUCGCCUUCAGUAACAACAAAGGCGAAGUCUUCGCACGAGGAAGUCACACCAAAUACGUUGCGUUGGCUUGGAAGGACCCUAACAACAUCGUCGAGGAACUUUCACCAAAACCGGAGAAGAAGGACUAG